CAAUGGUUGACCAGCGCGCCAACUUGGACAUAAUGCCGGAUUCUCCUGCCUUGCCCGCUUCGCCUGCAUCGCCACCACUGGACUGGGGUGACAGCAUGGAGCCGGCAUUUGCUCCAUCGCCACCCAGGCCCCCAAACCCUCCGUCUCCUCAACCGACCCGUGGGGCCCCCCGAGCGAAACCGGCUGUAGGCCGCGUCGCAGCUUUUGAGGCGAUGUUGGCUCCUGAAACGAAUGCCCGUGUGGCCGCCCUGGAGAGGGAGGAGCUGCGCAAGGAGGAGCUGCACCAGUUGCAGGUGCAGCUGCUUCGUGGCCAGCAGCAGCGUAUCGAGCUGGAACUUGAGCUGCUCCAGCUCGACAAGCGAAUUAAGCUGCAACAGCUGCUUGCUUUCGAAGCGAAAACACAAGAGUAGGUGGAUUUU